AUGACUUGGUCGAAAUUAACCCUUUUUGUACUGCUUCUCUCUAUGAAAUGUGUUGAACAAGCUGAAAUUCAAUGUUCAAGUUCAUUUUCCACAAAUAAUAACACUAAUCUUUGUUAUUAUUACAAAUCCAAUAUGUUAUCCUGGUCGGAUGCGUAUAAUCAGUGUCUAACAAAAACAAUUGAUGGAUUAUUGAUUCAAAUCUUUUCUGAAGAACAAUUUCUCCUAUUGCAACAAACAAAUAUCGAUGACAAAUCAAUCUUUUGGAUUGGUGCGAAUAAUUUCGCAUCAUUUCGUGAUUUCAAAUGGCAUUGGCUCGAUGGAUCUGUUGUUGACGAUUCGACGGUGACAUGGUGUCCAAAUAGUACGUAUGAAACCGCAAUUGGAACAUAUUGCGCUGCUUACGACAGCAGUUUACAAUGUGUGAAUAACUAUUUAUGCAGUAGUCUAUUCUCAGCUCCAUGUGUGUCGGGAGCGAAUGGAAUCAAUAAACAAGCAAAAGUGAAUAUCAUUACAAAACAAACGAGUGCUUCCUUAUGCACGAGUUCAUUUGGUGGUACUUAUGCAAAUUGGUGGACUUAUUCUGUUUUAUUGACCAAUUGGUUUCUGCUCUUUUGUUUUGUGCUGUACUUAUUCAAUCGUUUUGUUCUCGAUAAGAAUACCAUUGCAAUCACAGCAGCGAUUCUUCUACUAUCAUUGCUUAUGAUCAUCGUCUUUGCUGUUCUAUGGGGUAUUCAAUAUCAAGAUAUCAUACAAAUUCCAUUGGUGAAUGUCAUCAUUGGUUGUCUAGCCGGAUUUUGUCUUCUGAUUGUUUUAUUCAUUCUUUUAAAUGAUCGAACUCGGGUACACCGGUUGACAACAUGUCGAAUUGUACUAGGAAUCGUCAUUCUCUUCGAAGCUUUUCUCAUGCUUGGCUUGAUCCUUUGUAUUGCAUAUUGUUCAGGAUAUAUUACACUGGCACCAACAAGUCUAGAAAAGGAUGUAACCGCAUCGUUAUUAGCAUCUCUAGUUGCUGCUAUAUCGAUUCUCCUAUACUCUGGAAUCCUUUAUCUAUUAGAAAACCCGGGCUAUGAUCGUAACCUGGCGGUUAGACCAGUGACUACGAACAUAGUAGCAAUAACUACACAAACAGCUGCUGCGUCCGCUCAUGGUCAUCCACCACCUUUGCGUCAAUCGAACAGUAAUGCUUUAACGACUGCUCAACGUCCUACGAACAUUUCACCAGUUAAAAAAGUCGAACAUACCGAUCGCGCCACGUCUCCAGUAGACGAUCGUAUACUUCAAGAAUUCUAUUCCGAUCGACCAAAAGACGUUCACCAAUAUAGUCUCGAAGGUAGACAAUACGUCGUCUUCGAAGGAGCUACGUUCACUGACAUUGAUACAUAUCGAAAAGAAUUGACUGAAGCAAUGUUAUUGCAAGAACCAGACGGUCUUCAUGAGGCUAUCAAGCAUGCUAAAGGUUCGAUUCAUGCAUCGACACUAGAGGAAGAAAUUCAUCAAGCUGAAAAUUUAGCUUCGAAACUAAGUUAA